AAAGCACCUGUUUCUCUGGUUAAUAAUCGAGAUACACUUAUUUGUAGAUUCUAUCACUUAUAGAUAUCGUCACCGUUAUUUUUCACUGAUAGGUUUUUCUACAACUUUUCUUUUAGCUAAGAUCGACCAGGAAUGAACACAUCAGCCCAAAUAGCUUUUAGCUAUGCUGCUCGCAAAACGGUCCGUUUCCUCCCUGGUCAGUUUUGGAGAGGGGGGGGGGGAUGCAAUCUUUCCGAGAAAUGCGCUCAAGCGUUACGUUGCAUGAGAAUCCUCCAUCAAGCAUGUCGAGUGGACAUAAAUCAUUUCUGGGCGCUUGAUUUCUCCUUGGAAAGCUGAUGUGUCACUGAGGUUCUAGUGAUCAAAUUGAGAAAGAAUUUCAAAAUGUUUUGUAAACAAUGCCGGAAGACGAAGCUACGACGAGAGUUCCCCUUGGUAACCUUGACUGAUGAGUGCAACCAUGCCCCUCUACACUGUCUAAGGUGUGUGACACACUUUGUAAAAAAUGCAAAUAGAUGUUCACAGUGCUCUACGAAUGUUACCACUGACAACCUGCGGUAUAUAGAAUUCAUGGAGACACUGGAACGCCUCUUCCCAGAAACUCCGCACUUGUUGACUGAGACACCAGUUGCUGCUCCAGAGGACGUAAACCCAACCAUCUCGGUGUUCAUGUUAGGAGGAGACAGCACAGUUUUUGAGUAUCGACCUGGCAUGACUGUGAAACAUUUGAAGCUUUUAGUGAAAGAAAGGCUUGGUACUUCACCUGAAAAACAGCGACUUCUGUACAAAGAUCAAGAAUUAAAAAGUUUCGCAGACUCAAAACUCACAACGCUGCAAGACUACAACAUUCAGCCUUUCAGUACCUUGCACCUAAUUGUCCUGCUCUAUGCCAUUCCGGAUUCCUUUGACCAUGUUAUAUUUGACUUGUUUUGGGGCUAUCCAACCAAAGGACGCGAUUAUCUGGACGCAUCGGUUCUCAUUUACAGCGGUAACCAAUUCCAGGAGAUAGCAGAUUACAGUCGAAACUGGUGCUUUUCAGAUGCAGUAUACCAUUCCGGUGACGUGAUGGAUGACAAGAAGCGCCUUGGUCACCAUACCAUCAAUGUUAAGCUGAAGAGCCUCCCCCCUUACAUUGACAAGCUGUUUUUUACCCUGAGUGCAUGGAAUUCACCAAACAUCUCCAAAUACAAAAAUCCUAGUCUGCGUUUCUUCGAUGCCAAAGAACCCAACAAGCAACUCUGCAGCGACCAGAUGCAAAAUGCAGCUUAUUCCCAGGCCAUUAUCAUGUGCGGUCUGUCCAAGAUCGAUGGAGCGUGGAACGUUUUUAGACUAAGCACUCUAUCCGCAGGAAAUGCGAAGAAUUAUACUCCACUACAGCAGACAAUCAGCCGGAUCAUUUCAGAACGAUUUUGUUAGUUAGUCAGUUAGUAAAGUGACACUGGAAACUGAUGUGUAGGUACACCCUUAGACGUGUUCUUCUGUUUAGUUAGUCUAAGAAUGCGUACAUUUAUUUCAUAAAUACGCGAAUUUGUUUAGCGCGAUUUCUUGUUGGUGGCGACUUAAAACUGACAAUUAUUUGUACCUAUGUUGCGUUGAAAAAGUUGCAAAUUAUAUCAGAACUUUAUUUAAAUUCCUAACUGUUUACACUUUUACACUUCAGUCUUGACAAAACUAUAACUGCAAAGCACUUUUGUACGAAAGAGAUAAAACAUGGAGCUUUAGGCAAGGGAAAUUAUUACAAUUUUGACAAAACGUAAGCGAAAUUAUUUCUUAAUUUCACGAAUAUACCAUCUAACUAUCUUUUAAUAUCAUCGUGUGGAACAAAUUACGCUCACAAUCGUGGGUUUUUUACUUGUUUGUUGUAUCAACAAAUUUCCCGCCAAACGUUGCCAUGGCAAUUUUGCAAUUUUAGACGUGAAAUUCCGUAUUAGUAUUGGUAAUUAAAUGGUGACGAGUGAAAUUAGGAAAUAAUUUCAAGCGCGUUUUGACAAAACGUAAGAGAAAUUAUUUCCUAAUUUCAUGAGUAUACCAUUUGAUUACCUCUUAAUCUCGUGGGUGACAAGUUUCCCGUACAAUCGUGGGCUUUUGGCUUGUUUAUCGUAUCGAGAAAUUUCGCGCCAAACGUUGCCAUGUCAGUUUUGUAAUUUCACAUGUGAAAAUGUAAUUUAACGCUGAAAUUUUGCGCUAAAAUUAAGGAGUAAUUUGUCAUGCAUGAUGUUAGCCGUUGAAAUGAAAGUCCAGACUGCAUACGAUUUCAUCAUGGAAACUAGCAAAACAUGAUAGGCGGAUGGCAGGUGCACUGGACUCCGGAUCGUGCGGGGGGAGUUCCAGACUGGACGGGACCUCUACAUAGUGAUCUUGUGUAAAGAAAACGAUUUUCACAGUGCCUCUCUCAACCUAGGUGUAUAACCGGUACUGGCGAUUUUAAUACUGUGUGCGGGGAGGGAGGGGUGGGGGGUGGGUUUAACCCUGGAUGGACUGACAUUACAUCCAGGGCAGAAACCUUGAUGGCAGAGGCCGGAAGAUUCAAAGCUGGUGAAAAUAAGAAUUAGUGGUAGAGCUCAAAUAAAAGUGACUUUCCUCAGUAGA